GAAGAUUGAUUCAUAACUACAUGGGGGGUUGUCUUUCGUCGGGUGGUCGAGAGCUUGUGUUAUUUUAUGAUAUUACUUUAACUUUUGGGAUUGUUUUUGUUAAUUUCUCUUCUUCCCUUCUUUGGAGAAAUUGGUAAUUAUUCUCUACCGUUGGUGAGGAGGCUUUUAACUCGAUUAUGGUUUAGUUUCUUACUUUUUCAAAAAAAAAAUUACACACGAGUUUAACAAAGGAUUUAAAAAAAAUAGUUAGAAUUCAAUCCAUGACGAUAAUUUACUUUAGAAUUUAAAAUCUAAUGACUUCUCUUGACACAUUUGAAAAGGUUUGAAAUGUUUGGUGAGAUUAGUUAGAGUGGUGCAUGGACAAAACAGACAAAAUUGAAUCGUUGUAUGUCUAUUUAAUUCAAAGAACUGGCCCUUUUCCAAUCACCCUUUCUUUCUGAACUUGGUGGAAGUCUAAAAAUGUCUCUUCUUCCCCUCAUCUUGUUAUCCUCUCUACUUCUAUUGAUCAUCUUAAAAUGGAUGAAAAAUAGAAAUAGAAAAAAGGGGAAUUUUCCUCCAAGUCCACCAAAGCUUCCAAUCAUAGGAAACUUGCACCAACUUGGCAAGCUCCCACAUAAAUCUCUAUGGCAUCUCUCUCAGCUUUAUGGCCCCAUCAUAAGCCUCAACCUCGGCGGCAUUCAAACCAUCAUCAUCUCUUCUGCUGAUGCCGCCCGUGGCUUUUUAAAAACACACGACCUUCAAACCUGCAGUCGACCACAAACCGAAAGUGCCCGAAAACUCACUCACGACUUCCAUGACAUUGCGUUUUCCCCGUAUGGCGAUUACUGGCGAGAGGUGAGAAAGGUUUGCGUUCUUGAGCUUUUUAGUCUCAAGAGACUAAAAUCUUACCAACCCAUUAUAGAACAUGAAAUGAAUUCGCUUAUCGAAUCGAUUUCGGAAUCAGCUUCUUGUGGGGAUGUUGUUGAUCUUACUGAAAAGUCCAUGGCUUUCACGGCUGCUAUUAUCUUUCGGAUAGCUUUUGGGAAGAAGGUUUGUAAAGGAGAUGGAUUUCAUGAGGUUGUGAAUGAAGCUGAGGCUUUGUUGGGAAGUUAUAGUGCAUAUGAAUUGUUUCCUAAUCUUGUGGGUAAAGCUAUUGAGUGGUUUAGUGGAUAUCAAAAAAGGCUUAACAAGGUUUAUAAUGAGUUGAAUAGUUUGUUUCAAGAAGUGAUUGAUGAACAUCUUUGUGUUGGGAGAGAUCACGAAGCUAAGGAAGAUGAUAUUAUUGAUGUGCUUUUGGGACUUGGCGAAAAGCAAGAUCAAUCAGCUUCUUCCAAUCUUUCUAUUACUCAUGACCAUAUCAAAGGCAUUCUUUUGAACAUAUUUUUGGGAGGACUAGACACAAGUUCCAUAACAAUAGUAUGGGCAAUGGCAGAACUAGCAAAGAAACCAAAACUAAUGAAGAAAGCUCAACAAGAAAUCAGAAGCCACAUGAAAAACAACAGAGGGAACAUAACAGACAAAGAAAUAGAGCAGUGUCAAUAUCUUAAAAUGAUAGUGAAAGAGACACUAAGACUGCAUCCACCAGCACCCCUUCUUCUUCCAAGACAAGUCAUGUCCCAUUUCGAAAUGGAAGGCUUCGACUUUUACCCGAAGAUGAUGGUUCAAAUCAAUGCUUGGGCAAUUGCAAGAGACCCCAAAUGCUGGAAAGACCCCGAGGAAUUCAUACCAGAGAGAUUUGCAGGCAGCUGCAUUGAUUUCAGAGGACAGCAUUUCGAGUUGCUGCCGUUCGGGGCCGGGCGGAGGAUUUGUCCGGCGAUAAAUUUGGGGAUCAAGAAUGUGGAGGUUGCUUUGGCAAAUCUUUUGUAUCAUUUUGAUUGGAAGUUGCCGGAAGGGAUGAAGGAAGAGGAUUUGGAUAUGGAAGAGAGUUUGGGGUUUAGUCUCACUAUUUACAAGAAGUUGCCUCUUAAACUUGUCCCUCUUCCAUACAUUACAUAAUUUUUAUUUCCAAUCUCUGAAGAUCAAUAUAUGUUUUUAUGAACUUUUUCUUUAUAAAAUUUAUAAGAAGUUUGGUAAA